AUGCCUUUCUUCAAAGACCUGCGCAGGCGAUCAAAGGCCAGCUUCCGAACGUCUGGUUCCUCGACUGAAUCCAAUGGCACAGUACCAACUGCCAAAUCUUCUUCUACCCUCAAUUCUGCUCUAGGAAACACAACACCGCCGUCGACAUAUCAUGCCAACGGCUCCGCCUCCAAUGUGCUGGCAACCGUAAAAUCCAAUGGCGAUACCCCUCCGCCAGUGCCUCAGCGGCCGAACAUUAUGAUGCCAAAUUCAAACCGGAACAGCAUGAUCACUCUGUCUCCGUCCGGCUCGAAUGGCACAACGCGAGUUCCUCCACCCACUUCCGCGUUUGCGCCAAAGCUCACCUCGAUCUUGGACAACUCAGUGGUAUAUCACAAAGUGUUGUUGGUAAAUGGAGAAAUUGGUGAUCCGAAUCAGAAACCGAUGGAUGGCAACUUGACGGUUCAUCACGACAAAGACGGACAAGCUUUUCCGCCCACCAAUUGGCCUGUAUCCGACUCCUACUUCAAAGCUCUCGUGUAUCUUUCCCCUGGAUGGAACAAAGUGCGCUUCGAUUUCACGUCACCGAAACUGAGCUCUGUCAGCAACGGAUUGGCCCCGACACUGCAUACAUCCUACAUCAUGCUGAACUACCUUCCUUUGAGCAAUGCUCCGCCUUUGCAGUUGGUCAUCCUUGCCGGCAAGGAUUCGCCGUGCACAUAUGAUGCAGUUCCCCAGAGAAUACACAACGAGGGCAACGAUCUUGACAUGGCAAUCCGAAAAUUUCGAAUGGCGGCUCACCUAUGGCAAGCAUUCACAGCCGAGCAGAUGUAUAGGCACAAAUUUGGGAGAAGAUGCUUCAGAUUUGAUGAAGAAUGGCAGACUGGCUCUCUUUCGAUCCGUGAUUGGGAAACAGGGCAGAUGAAGAAUGAGACCAGAGUCCACGUCGUACGGUCGGACAAGACUACCGCAGAAUUACGGGAUCUGCAGUAUGCACAACAGCACCGUCCAGCAGCGAAGAAGGGCGAACUCUAUUCCAUGGCGGCCGACGCUGUCAAGAAACAUUUCAACAUCAAACCUGGCCAGAAGCAGUAUGUGGCCUGUCUCCUGCUCGAUGCCCACUGGGAUCCAGAAGUCGGAACCAUUACGGGACAUGCCGCUCUCGGUGGUACUGGAGAUGACCUGGGCCUUGCAAUUUUUGGCUCUCAUGCCCUUCAGAGUUACCCGUCUUGUAUCGAAGAGGUGGUACCGGCUUUUAUGGACUGCACGCAAACGGACACCAAGUACGUUGCAAACGAUUGCAAUGAAUCUGGAAGCAGCUGGGAAGCUGCUAAUAUCGGAAUCGGUGCACAUCUUCAUGAAGUCGGCCAUCUUUUUGGUUGUCCUCACCAGGAAAGCGGAGUCAUGCUCAGAGACUACGUCCGGCUCAAUCGAACAUUCCUAGUCCGGGAGCCGUAUUCGACCAGGACGAAAUCUCAAGGACUCAAAGUUUGUCGUCAGGACGACGAAUGCGAUUGGCAUCGGUUAGAUGUCCUCCGUUUCCGGCAUCAUCCGUGCUUCAGGCUUCCAAGUGACGAACCUUUCCCGUCCCAAGAUGAUAGCAUCCAAUAUUUUCCAGUGGGCAACGGACGGAUUAUAUGUUCGGCACCAACUGGAAUUUCGUUUGUUGAACUGGGGACGGAAGGUGAUGACUUGUGCCGACAAUGGAUCGAAUUUAUCAACACCGACCAACGUCACAAUAGUCUUCCCCGACAAGUCACAUUGGUGGAGAGUGACCUUCGAGGGCGUCUCCCUGAGGACAAGAAAAAGGCUAAACUAAGCCUCAACAUCUUCUGUGGCAGCUCAAGAAGUCAAAAGAUUGAGGAUGUGGACGAUCUGUUAUCAAAGAAAAAUAUCGUCAAUCUCCCCCACUCCCGACUUGGCUUCAAGAGCAAGAAAUUGGGUUAUUCACAAUUGGAGGGAUCCAAACCAGAAGAAUUGAUAUUGGAGAGUACCCACCUUCAGACAAAACUCUUGACUUCCGUCAAGGUGUAUCACGGAUAUGCCCUUGAUGGAAUCGAAUUUUGCUACGAAGAUGGCCAGAGUCAGCUGUUCGGCAAACGAGGAGGCAAACCUGGCGGUGAUGAGUUUUUCCUCGUUAUAGAUACUCGCCGAGGGGAAACAAUUCUUGGAUUUUAUGUGCGAGCUGGUCUCUGGAUUGAUGGUAUCGAGAUUUUGACAAGCACUGGCCGAAGAUCGGGUGUCUUUGGCAAUGCCACUGGAGGGUCGGGACAUACUUUGAUGGCUCCUCGGGGUUAUAGUCUUGCCGGGAUCUCGGGUUCCUGCGGAGCAUGGAUAGACGGUUUUCAAAUCAUCAUCGCGCGGUAA